AUGACUGCGAGUUCCGAUCAGGCCUCCAAAGCCAAAAGCUCGAUUACGGCUUCGCUUCUGCUUUGGGAUGACGCAGUUACGGCAAAGAAGCUUCUGCUCACCGCGUCUCAACGCAAUCCAGCCCACCUCUACCUGUUCCGCUCAGAGAAGUCCCCUCUGUCCACAGUCAUCGAGUACACUCCUAUGGUUAUCCGUCGAACUGGUCGUGGCGGUGCAAAAUCCUCUCACCGUUACUCAUACUCUCACAGAUAUCCUAUAUCUGUCUUUGGUGGGUUCGUGCAAUUUCAAACGAAAUACGUGACAGACGAAGCGAGCAUGCAAAAAAUGUUUUCAGUGUAUCUCGAAAGUCGGUCGCGAAUAUCGUUAAUCGAACUGUAUAUCGAGUUUGAGCAAUCUACAGCGGACCGAGAUAUUGAAUUGGAGGAUUACAACAGUGAUAGUGAAGAAGAGUUCGAAACAGAGCUUCCCGUUCUGCCAGAUGGUGAAUUUACUGUGGGAAUGGAAUUCAGUUUUAGGGAAGCAGUAAUUAAGGCGAUGAAAGAUUAUACAAUCCGCAGAGGUGUAGAUUAUCGGGUGCAUGAGUCAGAACCCACGACAUUCUAUGCUAAAUGCACCCAGUAUGGUGCAGGAUGUGAUUGGCUGAUCAGGGUGAGCAAGAUGUCCAGAAAGUUCUGUUGGAAGAUAAGGAGGUACAAUGGUAGUCACACCUGUACUAGGGCCACCAUUUCUCAAGAUCACUCGAAGCUGGAUUCCAACACAAUUGCAGAAGCAAUAAAGCCAUUGGUAGAAGUUGACCCGUCUAUAAGGGUGAAAUCAGUGAUUGCGGAAGUACAGUCAAAGUUUAACUACACCAUUAGUUAUCGCAAAACAUGGUUGGCUAAACAAAAGGCAGUGGAGUCAAUUUUCGGAGGAUGGGAAGCUUCGUACGAAGCCUUGCCGAUAUGGUUUGAGGCCUUGUGUCACAAGGAGCCAUCCGCAGUUGUUCAUUUUCAAACAAUGCCUGCGUAUCAGGGAGAUGUCUUGGUUCCUAAUAUUCGUUCUCACAGGAUGGCAACAACAAACAUCGUGCCGAUUGCAUUUGCGAUAGUUGAGGGAGAGACAUCUGAUGCCUGGCACUUUUUCCUGAGUAACUUGCGACAGCAUGUUGUGAGACGUGACGGUGUGGGCCUUAUAUCCGAUCGGCACGAUUCCAUUAGGUCUGCUAUUGAUCGUAGUAACGGAGCUUGGUCUCCUCCCAGAGCAUUCCAUAUGUUCUGCAUCAGACAUAUAAAGUCCAACUUUCUGAGAAAAUUCAAGGCUCCGUAUCUGCAGAAGCUUAUCGUCAACAUAGGUUACUCGCGAACAAUUCAAGAGUACGAGACGCGUUAUCAGAGUUUAUGUGAGCGGGGUGAGGCUUAUACCAACUGGUUGGAUCGAAUACCGCGUGAGCAGUAUACUUUAGCAUUUGAUGGGGGAUAUCGAUGGGGUCAUAUGACAACCAAUCUUGUGGAAUGCAUCAACUCAGUACUGAAAGGGGCUCGCAAUCUUUCAGUCACUGCACUUGUUAAGGCAAUGUUUUACAGGCUUAAUGAAUUGUUCACCCGGAAAAGAGCCGAGGCUGAGGCUAGAAUUAGUGCAGGACAUGUGUUCUCUGAGCUUGUAACCUCCAAACUGCAUGCAAAUCAGCGGGCAGCUAGUAACAUUCAAGUUAGUUGCUUUGACCGACAGAAUGAGGUAUUCGAAGUGCGUGAGUGUCCUAGUGGUGUGGAGUAUGCAGUGGACCUCCGUCAACAACGGUGUGACUGUGGUGAGUUCCAAGUUGACCGACUUUCGUGUCGACAUGUGUUUGCUUGUUGUGCAAACCAACGUCUGGAUUGGCAACUGUAUGUACAUAAUGUUUACAAGAUGGACCAGGUUCGACGAGUAUACAGGGCUAGGUUUAAGCCACUUGGGAAUCCAACAACAUGGCCUGUUUAUCAUGGACCUCGAUUCGUUGGUAAUCCAUUCCUUAGACGGGUAUCCAAAGGUCGGCCAAGGAUGACUCGUUUCUUGAAUGAGAUGGACACUCGGAUGUUGCGUCGUCCUAGGAGAUGUAAGCAAUGUGGGGCCGAGGGCCACAGCCGUAGUAGAUGUCGUCAACGUGGUGGUGAAAAUAAUCCGGGUGCGACCACCCAAUAG